AUAAGAGGGUUAAGUUCAUAUUUUUAAUUAGAAACAACUGAAUCAUAAAUGCUAAUAAUUCAAUCGUUUUCCAUCCACAAAAGGUCAACAGAUAGUUCCUGUUAAAUGAACUACCUCCCAGAAAGAGUCGUUUUUCUGGACUAAAUUUCUUCUCAGAUUUUGUUUCCAAUUGCAGAAAUGAGGUGGAAAAUGUAGGUUGGUAAGUAAUGGGCCUAGUUAACUACCCUGGUUCCUGGAAAAGUUUGCUGCAGUCAAAAAGAGAGACUACUGCACCUGCUACAGCUUCCCUGUUGGGGAAAUAUCUGGGUCAGGCAUAAAUGCAGCUGGUAGAAUAAAUGGAAGUAAAUAGAGAGCAGCUGAAACACUACACAUCAAAUUUUACAGCAUCCAGAGCAAAGCUACGUUUGAAGCAUUAGCGUAGUGUAUGAAAAACAGACUGCAGCUGUAGUGUCAAGUUCAGUCAGAGAUCUUUAGACACAAAUCAUGAAGGUGUUCAAGUUUAGUAAUUUUAAUGUAGGCAAUGUGUCUUAAAGAUACUAGUAUUGACUUUAUCAGACUGUCAGCAUAUACUUGAUCAUAAAUUCCUCUGAUCAGUAUGGGAGUGGUAGGAUUUUGAUCAGGAUGGCUUGCAAAAAUAUUUUUUACUAGGAGGAUUGAAGGAGUGAAUAUUUGCUGAGUCUCUGUUUUUGCAGCUUCUCCUUGGUGGGCGUGUGUUUGAUGGCCUUCCAUCAGGCUCAGUACAUCCUCAGAGAGUUCUCUACCCCGAGCAUCCGGAGCAACCACAACUCUGUCCUGUCCCAGGAGAACAGCUCUGUCAAUAACAUCACCUCCAACGGAGUCAAUAAAUCUAAAGGCAGCUGUAAGACCUACAUAGACACCUGUCACACAUCUGAUAAAGGAAAGGGCCGGGGCUCUUCAGCUGUGGCCAACAGCCCGACCCCGCGGUCUCAGUCCUCAAAGAAAGGCUCAACCACUACUUUCCAACCACAGAAGAAGCAUAAGGUGUCGCUUUAUUACACCAAGCAUAAGCCCAGCUCAGCCGCAGCUGCUGCUGCUGCCAUGGACGAAGAACACGAGGACCUGACGCCAGACAGCCUCACCCCGGACUCCUGCAACAACAACCACCCAGCGUUCAUCAGCGAACCAGAGAAAAAGAUCCCCGCCGGUUUUCAAGAGGACCUCCAGGGCGACAUGGAGCACAGUAUGUCAGCAGCAGUUAUGUUUCCUGUGGAAAUAGCUACUAGGUUCCCCAACGACGCCACACUGGCUCCAGGACCCAGACCCGGUUUGUUACUCUGCAGCCUUGUGGAACGGAGCUGCUGCGAGCGCUACACAGAGAAGAUCGACUCUGAGAAAAGGGACAUUUCUGAGUUGGAGUUUGGAGAAGAAGCCAAAGAGCAGAAAAAGAAGACUCUGAAUCCAGAGAGUGGAACAGCAGUGGGAAACAAUAAGGGAAAGAAGAAUCGCAGGAUGACAGAAAAUGUCUCCAGGUAGAACACACAUUUUUUUUUUAAGAUGAGAAG